AUGUUAGCCGUCCUCAAGAUAGGGGCGGCCAACGUCGCGUUGAGCCCCAGCCACCCACCAGACCGCUUGCGAUGGCUUAUCGAUGAUGUUGACGCCGAAUUUAUCCUUUUCAGCGAAACUUAUCAAAGCCUCGCCCAAGAUAUUAGUCCCGGAGGCUGCUUCCGCGUCGGGCCGUCAAUGUUGAUAGGCGAUGUCCUCCAGGGCGAGAAGGGAGCACAAAAUAUCACACCGGAUGAUGUAUCAUUUCUCCUCUUCACUGGUGGCAGCACCGGCAAGCCCAAGGCCAUCAUGAUCGACCAUGUCGCCUUUUAUAGCAGCAUCAAAGGCCACGGCGGGAUCCUAUGCUACCACCAGGGCUCACGCAACCUUCAGUUCACGGCCUACACGUCCGACGUGAGCAUCAACGAGAUAUUUACCUCACUCAGCCACAGCGUCACCACCUAUAUCCCGUCAGACCAUGAGCGUAUAAACGACUUAGCGGGGGCAAUGGAGCGCGUGCGAGUCGACUGGGCGUUCCUAACCCCCAGCGUGGCCUCCCUUCUUGACCCCAACUAUGUGCCAACGCUCAAGACACUCCUGUUCAGCGGCGAAUCUGCUACACAUGCCGAUACACCGUCCAUCCAGGAAAUACUUGGCGUUGACCGCGCCCACGGACUGAUCUACAGGCAACUGCUGCUGCGUUCCACACUCGUCAGCGAAGUUGGAGGGCAGCGCUACUUGUUAUUGACGCUACAUCACUCUAUAUACGAUGCCUGGUCGUUGACCCGGCUCUUUUCGCUGCUGGAGAGUGCGUAUGAGCGUCUUGCCACUCCCCCAGAGUGGACCAAGCACAUGGCUGGGGCAUGCAGCGAAGUAGGCUUCAACCAGGUUGUGAAGUCCAUCAUGGAACAGGAUCAAGCCAAGGCGCUGGACUUCUGGGCCAGAUUCCUCAAGGGUGUGGAGACAAAGGCGCUUGUGCCGCCGGAGAAGAAGUGCGAGGCCAACACCAUCUUACGACAUAAGAUGAUGCUUCCACGUACCCCCGAAUCUGGCACCACCGGAAACAACAGAGCCGGAGCUCCUCCGCGGGUUACGCACGCUGUCAUGACUUAUGCCGCCGUCGCUUUGACCCUCCACAAUCAGCGGCAGGCGCAAGACACCGUCCUACGCCUCGUGUCGACCAGCCGCGUCACCACAGCGAUGCCAGACAUUGAGGACCUCGUCGGGCCGACGCGCUGGCAACCUGCACGAGUACUUGGCCCACGUACAGGCACAGGUACGACGCGUCAUGCCCUUCGAGCCGGCUUUGACGAGGCAUCCGGCGUCCACGCCGAAGCCGAGCGGGCUUGCCACCGUGCUCCGCAAAUCAUUGUUCACCCACACGAUUCCUACACGGAGCAACCUGCUGCCGGCCUGGGCCUGCGGCGCCGCGAGCUUUCGGCUCUCAACGAUGACGACAGCAUCCCCUUCACUAUGGACAUCUCGCUGCAGGUCCAGGGCAAGACCCUCAAGGCCCUUGACCUCCACGUCGUUUUCGAGAGCAAUCUCAUCCCUGAGCAUGAUGUCCGCCGCCUCGUCGCCGAGCUGGUGGUCAUAACACGCCGCAUCUCCUCGGCCACCUCGGGCGGCAGUGGAAACCCGGCUACGCUGACAGACAUUGUUCCAGCGGAGGAAGACAGUUUCAUGAUUAUGGACUUGGAGAGACACAUGACGGUGGCCCAAAAUGAACGCUGGGCUCGACAAAUAUUCUCUAGAUGAAGCGCUGGGGAAAGAACGCCCACCCCCCCUAGCGAUGAGGGGAACAGAAUGAUAAGAGAGCUUUGUUUACGGUGUUAAGUUUUGAGAUUUGGUGGCGUUAUGGAAUGAAUUAAUGUAGCUUUAGAAUACAAUCAGUGGCGCCUCUGUAUCGUACUGCAAUGGUUCAACUCUUAAGUGAGCCGUAAACUACAACCUAUCGAGGUUAACUUUUGUCGAGAGGGUCAGUUUCAGCACCUUUACAGUUUAAGUAAGACGAGUCAUAGCUCACGAUUUUGCCGCCGUUGAUGGGAC